AAGGCAAAGUGUUGAUCGUCAUCGACCUGACGGGAACCGCCGGAGAUGAUUUGUCCACGAGAUGGCAGACGUGUCACGUGACCAGAGGCAGCGGAACCCUUCCCCGAAGGAGAGCGAGCAGGAGGGGCGCGUGUUCACGGAGCGCGUGCGGCCCCGCAAGCGGCAGGGCGCUGUGCGGCGCCGCGUCCACCAGGUCAACGGGCACAAGUUCAUGGCCACGUACCUGCGCCAGCCCACCUACUGCUCGCACUGCCGCGACUUCAUUUGGGGCGUGCUGGGGAAGCAGGGAUACCAGUGUCAAGUGUGCACGUGUGUGGUGCAUAAGCGCUGCCACACGCACAUCAUCACGAAAUGCCCCGGCCUCAAGAAAGAGACUGCGGAAGAGGUGGGAGGCCAGCGGUUCAGCGUGAACAUGCCGCACAAGUUCUCCAUCCACAACUACAAGGUGCCCACGUUCUGCGAUCACUGCGGCUCGCUGCUCUGGGGCCUCCUGAGGCAGGGACUUCAGUGCAAAGUCUGCAAGAUGAACGCUCACCGCCGGUGCGAGUGCAACGUGGCCCCCAACUGCGGCGUGGACGCACGCGGCAUCGCCAAGGCGCUCGCCGAGAUCGGCAUGACCCCCGACAAGAUCUCUCAGAGGAACGUGCGCAAGAAAAAGCUCAGCACCUCGACUCUUCCGCGGCCCAGCAGCUGUGACAGAUCCAAGUCGGUGCCCAGCACGCCGAGUGACCAGGGGACGGAACCGGAGGGGGGCAUCCGCCGCAGCGUGACGUUCCACGCGCGGGAGGGCGAGGGGCUGCCCUCGGAGGGAGAGGCGCUGGAGGAGGUGGGCAGCGACAGGGGCACGAAGCCGGCCGCGGAGAAGACGGGCAGCGGCGGGGGCCACGACGGCGAGGGGGAGGAGGGCGGCAGCAACGGCGACGGGCAGCCCCAGCGACGGCGCAAGAUGAGCAUCGCCGACUUCUCCUUCAUGAAAGUCCUCGGCAAGGGCAGCUUCGGCAAGGUGAUGCUCGCGGAGCUGCGGGGCUCGGAGGAGGUGUUCGCCGUCAAGGUGCUCAAGAAGGAUUCCAUCGUGCAAGACGACGACGUGGAGUGCACCAUGACGGAGAAGCGCGUCCUGGCACUCGCCAAGAACCACCCCUACCUCACCCAGCUCUUCUGCUGCUUCCAGACCAGGGACCGGCUGUUCUUCGUGAUGGAGUACGUGAACGGCGGGGACCUCAUGUUCCAGAUCCAGCGCUCGCGCAAGUUUGACGAGCCGCGCUCGCGCUUCUACGCCGCCGAGGUCACGUCGGCGCUCAUGUUCCUGCACCGGCACGGCGUCAUCUACAGGGACCUGAAGCUGGACAACAUCCUGCUGGACGCGGAGGGCCACUGCAAGCUCGCCGACUUCGGCAUGUGUAAGGAGGGCAUCGCGGACGGCGCCACCACCGCCACCUUCUGCGGAACCCCCGACUACAUCGCGCCCGAGAUCCUGCAGGAGCUGGACUACGGCCCAUCCGUGGACUGGUGGGCCCUGGGGGUGCUCAUGUACGAGAUGAUGGCCGGGCAGCCGCCCUUCGAGGCCGACAACGAGGACGACCUCUUCGAGUCGAUCCUCCACGACGACGUCCUCUACCCCAUCUGGCUCAGCAAGGAGGCCGUGUCCAUCCUGAAAGCGUUCAUGACCAAGAACCCGAGCAGACGUCUGGGCUGCGUGGCCUCGCGCGGCUACGAGGAGGCCAUCAAGCAGCAUCCGUUCUUCCGUGACAUGGACUGGGACCUCCUGGAGAAGAAAAAGAUCAAGGCGCCAUUCCGGCCUCGUAUUAAAACCAAGAAGGACGUGAACAACUUCGACCAGGACUUCACGAAGGAGGAGCCGGGGCUCACACCCAUCGAGGAGGCCAUCAUCAAGCAGAUCAACCAGGAUGAGUUCAAAGGGUUUUCCUGCAUGGCGGAGGAGACCCUGUCGGUGUGACGGCAAGCCUCUGUAAAUAAGCGCAUGCCCCUUGUACAGCGUGCUCUGCCGGCUUAUUCCACCACUAUCAGUCUGUGGAAUAGCCGACUCCCAUCUAAACAGCAACAAAAACAGCAACAUAAAGACAAAAAAAACACAAUACGUUUUUAUUCAUUUUCGAAGUGAGUGGCAAAUCUUUGCCAGCGUUAAAUUCAGGUACCCGUGUAUAGUUUGUGUCGUAGUUUAGUUGCUGCUGCUGCUGUUGUUGUGUGUUCGAUGGUUUUGUCGCUCGAUUCCUGGAGUUGUUUAGGAAAUGAGGGAGGUGGGGGGGGAAACAAAAAAAGUUGUUUUUAUUCUAUCGAUUUCACAGACACAUUGACGUCAGUUCUGUCAAAAACAAACAAGUCGGAUCAUUUCGUAAAAUAAAAAAAUAACCGAU